AUGAACACUCAACCUCUCAAUUUCUCUACCGAGCAUCGACUCCAACGAAGUGGUUCCGUCUCAGCCACCACCAGACCUCAAUCGAUGUAUCAAUUCAGGCGAAAUACUGAAACCACAAGAAGGUUUCAAUUAGAACAUGAUGGCGAUGCUGAUGCUGAAUUACGUCGUCAACAACAUAUCGAAAAAGCAAGAGGGAUGGCUAAAGUUAGUCAUCCUAGUAAACCUAAUACUGGUUUAGAUUGGUUGUGGAAGAAAUCUACUGUCUUGGGGAGUUGGAUUAACAAAGAAGCGGAUAAGACUAGCUCAGAAUCUGUUGCAUUCUGGCCUACUUCUCUUGAUAAAGAGUGCGAUAAGUGUGCAAGGAUCUUAUAUACCUUCAGCCAACGUCAAAGUUCUCAACCUCUUACAAUCGAACACGAUUCCUACUCCUUUCGAAAGACGCAAAAGGUAAUCAAGACGAUUCCAGUUAGUGUGAUCCAACAAGCCGAAGGUUUAGCAAUCUUCACUGUCUUUCGUACUUCACCUGGUUGGACUGCUGCUUCUGGUUCUGGAAUUGUUAUUUCGAGGGAUUCUCCAACUACUUGGGGUCCACCGAGUGGAAUCUUGAUCCAUACUGUCGGUGUUAACUUCUUAGCUGGUAUUGAUGUUUACGAUGUCGUCUUGGUCUUGCGAACUCGUGAAGCCGUCAUGGCAUUUGCAACCCCAAAGGUAUCCUUAGGAAUCAGUCUUCCUGUGGUCGCGGGACCUGUCGGAAAUAGUCUAAAUUUAGAGGCUGUCUCUCCGGAUAGUCCUGCUUUUGCAUAUACAAAGUCUAAAGGUAUCUACGGUGGGCUGCAGCUUGAGGGUAAUUCGGCCGAUGAGAACACCAAGUUUAUGGGAAGGCGGAUUAGAGCUGAACAACUCUUUAACGGUGGAGCAGUCGCUGUUCCUCGGGCUGCACUGGGCCUGAUUUCAACCAUCGAGGUGGCUGAAGGCAAGCCAGUUGAUCCCGACGAUCUACCUGAUGACAUAGACGUGGCACCGAGCGAAAAAUCAAGUGGAGUUUCGACUGUUCAAGAGAGUCGUCAACGCGCAAGGACAGAAGUCGUCGAUGAGGGUACGACGGAGGCGACCAUCGUCAAAUCUACGCCCUUGACACUCACCAAUGCGGAUCGGGCAGCCCGGCGUCGUACCUUACCACCAUUACCUUUGUGUCUACCACAGACUCCUCAGCAAGCGACUGCCAGUGGAUGUUUGAGCGCUGAUCAUGCGGUUCCAUUGAAUUCAGUCAAUGAGGAACUUGAAAUGAUCAAACCAAGACCUGAAUUACCACCAAUCCCACCACGCAGACGAAAGGUUUCUUCUACACCUUCUACCCCAGGGACUGUAGAAGAUUCAGUGACCACUCGAGUUCGUGGUUCAACUGAGUUAUCUUCAAGUCAUGUUUCUGUUAGUUCGACUCUCUUGGAACAAGAAGUAUUUGUGGAUGCGGACGAUGCACAAGUCACAUCCAAACUUCAUUCACCUUCACUUUCACAAACUUCAAUUAAGAUUGUUGAAGCCGAUGAAUAGAAAAACCCCAAAUGACUUGACUGUUUAUCUUUUAUUACGUACUCACCUUUGCUCGAUUUUUGUUGUUGAAACAAACAUUUUUCAUUUUUUGAUUUAUAACGAUAAACACGUUUUUUUUUCAUUGUUUUUCAUUGUUUGUUCUACUUGUUGUUUUCCUUUUCUUAUUUUAUCAUUUUCUCAUUUCUUUCUUUAUAUCCUUGAAGAACACGCAAAUUUCAUUUUUUUUUGAUCUCUUGAUGAUACAAUUUAAGCUACAUAGUUUGUCUUUGUAAAAAAGAUACCUUUGAUUAUUGAAAGGAUCUGACUGUGUUGUUUUUUUCUCGAUUCAUUGGUAUUUAUUAAAGGUUAUAUUAUUAUCAUUCUCGAUUAGAAUGAUGUGAUGGAUUAUUCCUUGUUUAUUUGAUUUACUUGAUAAAUGCUAGUUCUCUGGUUUUUGUUUGUGUUUUCUUUAAUAGACAAGAGAUUUGAUCAAUAUG